AUGUGCCGGUGUGUUUGUGUGGACUGCAGCUGUUCAGGAGCAGAAGAAGCAGGGAUGAGGAUCCAGCUGAAGGGUCCCGGCCACGCAGCCACCCUGCUCUCAGAUCUGAACCGCUGCCGGCAGACGCGUCAGUACUGCGAUGUGUUCCUGCAGGUGGGUGGCCGGACCUUUGCCGCGCACCGGGCGGUGUUGGCCUGCGCGGGGACGUACUUUCACACCCUGUUCGCCCGGCCCCCGGCGGGGGCCUCCACUCUGUUCACGCUGGAGUUUAUGUCACCGCUCAACUUCGAGAAGGUGCUGACGUUCGUCUACACGGGGGAGAUUCUGAUCGACCUCAUCGAUGUGGGCGUGCUGUACGAGCUGGCCGAGAGGCUCGGCGUCACCGAGCUGAUGAGGGCGUGCCACCAAACCUUUCCUGACCUGCAGGCGUCCAUGACCGCGAAGGCGGGCGGCGGCGGCGACGGCGACCUCCACCUGGACUCUGAGCUGAUCAUCGCUGCGUCUGAAGUGACGGCCAUCGCCACGGCCUCUGUGUGCUCCUCCUCCUGCUCCUCUCUGUCGUCUUCAGUCGGGCCGUCCGCCGCUCCAACUCCCUCCACUUCUUCCUCGCCGCUUUUCCAAACCAGAGCGAGCAGAAACGAUUGUAAAGUCCAGACGAUGGCGUCGUCUCUGGACCUGAAGAUAGAGGACAUCCAGUCUCACAUCGGCUGUGAGCAGAGGGCUGAAGCUCCUCUUCUGCCAAGCAGCAGCCUCUCUAAUCAGAUGGAGGGAGCGCGGCCUCCGGGCCCGGGGCUCCAGCUGAAGACUGAACCCGACCUGGGGGACGGGGGGUCAGCCGGGGGGAGUGGAAACCGAGUGACACACAGUGAAGUGACUUUUGAAGGUGCGGCCGCUCUCUCCGACUCGCCCUCCCUCCCAGACUCUUCGGCUCAGCUCGGAGCAGAGGCGCCGUCCUCCCCCUCGGGAAGCCUGCAGGUGGUCUUAGUGGAGGGCGGGGCCACAAGCAAGGGCGGAGACCACCCGCUGGAGUUCAGAGAGGCAAAGGCGGGGCAGGCUCAGGAYGACAGGGAGGUCCGGCCAGAUGAGGGAGCAACGGAGGGGUGUGGAGAGGCGUUCCCUCCGUCGAGGGCCUGGAGGGAGCUGUUUGGGGAGGUCAUUGAGCUGAGUGACGAUGAGACCUACAUGGAGGAGGGAGAGGAGGAGGAGGAGGAGGAGGAGGAGGAUGACCUAGUGUGUGUGGAGAAUGGUGAAAGUGAAGGAAACAGCCAGGUCAGCAGGAAUUCGUCGUGUAAAGCCUGCCUGGCUCCUCUCCCCGCAGACCCGUUUGCCAUCAGGCAGCACGGCGAGAGCCACCUGACGGAGCUGGGGCUUUGCGGCGUGUGCGGCGCCUCAUUCCCUGACCGCGCAGCCAGCGUGUCCCACGCCCUCGCCCACGUCGGGGUCCAGCUCUUCACCUGCAGCAUGUGUCAGCUGCAGUUCUGCAGCCAGAACAAGCUGCUGCGGCACCACCACCACGCCGCCUCUGGUUACAGCUUACCUCAGGAGGCGCUGCUCGCCGGCAGCCAGGGUCCCAGCUCAGACCUGAAGUGUGCCGUGUGCACCAAGACCCUCAGCCGACGCUUCCAGUCCGUCAGAGACCACCUGCUGAGCCACGUGUGUCACCAGAGUCUGACCUGCGGGGUCUGCCACCUCCCCCAGCUCUCCCUGUGCUCCUUGCUGUGGCACACCCUCACCCACCUGUCUGUGGCGGUCUUCUCCUGCCCUCACUGUGCCUGCUGCUUCGUGGAGCGCCCCCUGCUGGACAGGCACAUGGCCGAGCACGCCAAGGAGGCGRCGGUGAAGGAGAGGAAGCUUCUGGAGCGGGGGCCUGAUGGCGGGGGGCCAGGGGUGGAGGAGAUUCACUGCUUCCUGUGCUCACAGACGUUCUCCUCCUCCUCUGCCUUCCAGUACCACCUCAGCCUGCACACCACCAAGGGUGCCGGGGGUCUGGGGAGCGGGGCAGGCCUCGAGGUCCAGGGCUGGUCAGGCAAACGUAAAGCCGAGCUGCCUCCGGAGGGUCCCGCAUCCUCCUCCUCCUCCUCCUCUGGCACCCUGCAUGACUCCAGUAAACUGUGUAAAGUGGCCCCGCUGGGCCUGUUCUCCACAGUUCUCACUAAYGGCAGCUCAGAGAAGGAAGCCCCAGCUGAAGCCCCGGGGCUUCGCGGGAAGUGGUACCGGUGCCGGUACUGCGGCAAACACUUUGCCCACUCGGGGGAGUUCACCUACCACCUGCGGAUCCACACCGGGGAGAAGCCGUACCAGUGCAAGGUGUGUCUGCGCUUCUUCCGAGGUCGCUCCACCAUGAUCUGCCACCUGAAGACGCACGCCGGCGCCCUCAUGUACCGCUGCACCGUCUGUGGCUUCUACUUCUCCACACUGAAACUGGUGUCGUCCCACAUGGAGCUGCACAAGGACCACCUGCCCCCCGACUUCAGCAUCGAGCAGACCUUCAUGUACAACGACCACUCCAAAGAGGCGCUGCGCUCCACCGACAGCUGAGGGCUGAUGAACUGUACCGCCCACCGUUUGUCUGUUAGCAAAAUACAGCGGGUAAAAUAAGUAUUGAACACGUCAACAUUUUUCUCAGUAAAUAUAUUAC